AUGAGGGCGCUGGACAAUUCACUGCCUACUCGCCUGCCCGAAGUGGGGACUCGCUUGGGGCUUCGAUUCCAUCAACACUAUAUGUACUGCGUUGCGAUACAGCAACAAUUCCCAGCUGGGAGUAGAAUGGCUACAUCACCAAGGCUCGUCAACUCAUUCUCUCUCUCUCUCUCUCUCUCCUCCGACUACGACUUCGUGCAGGUGUCAACAAGCUCAGGGUCAAUGCUUCUGGCCCUGUCCCUAACGAACGGAUUCUACGUUCCGUCCAGACUUGACACCAAGACUCGCGUAUUCGGCACGCUGAUUGGCAACGGAACGGGCUACCAACCAGAUGAUGAGCAAGAUUGCAGGCUUGCUGCAACCGUUUGGCAUCCGCCGCAAGCCAAGCAGAAGCACCACCAAGAGAGCCCCGUUUCGAAGCGGGUGAAUCCAUGUGGCAUGAAGCCGCGUUUCCUCCUUCCGUCAGCCAGCCGAUCGGCUCGACUCGCCGAUAAUGCCGGGACUGUGUUCGGUCUGGAUUCCGGCGUGGGGGCAGUUAUCGACCACGGCCCCCAGGGGCGCCGCCGUGACAGAUGGCUCAUCGUUCUGCUUCUGGUUUAG